UCAUUGUAAAUAACUCUACUAAAAAAAAUUAAAAAAAAAAUCAAGCGGAUUUAAAUGCAUGUCAAACUAAAUAAAAAUAAAUUCAAUUUUAAUUACCUCAAUCAACACGAAUAUUCAUUAUGACUUCUAAAUUAAUACGAAUACAAUACGAGUACUAAUUUAAGAACCGUGUUAGAUGCAUACUCCAAUCAUUUUAGGACAAAAAUAUUUAAUAGAUCAACUUGCAAAAAAGUUAGUUACUUGAAAAAUAACUGUAAAAAAAUUCAAAAAUAUCACCAAAAAAAAAAAACAGAAACAGCGUUAGGUGAGAAAACCAAUUAAAAUCAAAUCCCAGAAAAAUUCUUCCAAUUUCGUCGUUUGUUUGUUGGGUGUUUCAUAGCCAGUAAUUGGAUCACUGUCCAGAUUCAACGAACAUCACACUUCAAUCUUUCAUCAUCCAAUCAAAAUCCCUUUAAUCAACUGAAUUUUCCAGGAUCAAUCAACCAAUACCCAUUUCUCUCUCUCCCCAUUUUGUUUUGCAAUCUGUUCAAUGACUAUGAUGUUCAAUUCAUACUAGUUCAAUUCACCCGCCAUUAAAGUACAAAUCCCAGAAAUUUUUCGCCGUAAUUUUUCUGGGUUUUAAUAAUCAAGAGCUAUGAAUUUGGGUAGGCAGAAGAAGAACAAUGGUAGUGCUUCAUCUUCAUCUUCUUCACCAAAUUGGUUUUCGCAUUUCUGGGAAUCAGCUUGCCGGAGUAAACCCCUAGCACCCAAUUCUUCCGACGUCCGUACGAACUCCGGCGAAGGCCUUGUACGGCGGUUGGGACUGUUUGAGCUUGUUCUUAUUGGUAUUGGAGCUUCGAUUGGUGCCGGGAUUUUUGUUGUUACUGGUACUGUUGCUCAUGAUGCUGGCCCAGCUGUGACACUCUGCUUCAUACUUGCUGGAGUGUCGUGUAUACUCAAUGCACUCUGUUAUGCUGAGUUAGCUUCCCGUUUUCCUGCUGUUGUUGGAGGAGCAUAUCUGUAUACAUACUCCGCUUUCAAUGAGCUCACUGCUUUCUUGGUGUUUGCACAAUUGAUGCUUGACUACCACAUUGGGGCAGCUAGUAUUGCAAGGAGCUUGGCCAGCUACGCCAUUGCUUUACUAGAAUUGUUUCCCUCUAUCAAGGGAAAUAUUCCAAACUGGAUAGGACAUGGCACCAAGGAUUACUUAGGAGUUUUCUCAAUUAACGUGUUAGCUCCUAUCCUGUUGUUCAUCCUGACAAUAGUUUUAUGUUGGGGUGUUGGAGAAUCUUCGAUUGUGAACUCAUUCAUGACUGUCACAAAGGUAGUCAUUGUGAUUAUUGUUAUUAUUUCUGGGGCAUUUAAGGUUGAUGUCUCAAAUUGGUCUCCUUUUGCUCCAAAUGGUUAUGGCGCAGUUUUAACUGGAGCAACUGUAGUAUUUUUUGCUUAUGUUGGAUUUGAUGCUGUUGCAAAUUCUGCUGAGGAAUCUAAAAACCCACAGAGGGAUUUGCCAUUGGGCAUAAUUGGAAGCCUUCUCAUCUGCAUCGGGCUGUAUAUUGGUGUUUGCUUGGUGAUCACUGGAAUGGUUCCUUAUAAUCUUCUUGGUGAAGAGGCUCCAUUGGCCGCAGCAUUCACAUCCAAAGGCCUGAAAUUUGUCUCUGUUCUGAUCAGUGUUGGGGCUGUUGCUGGGCUUACAACUACCCUUCUAGUCGGACUCUAUGUUCAGUCUCGGUUAUACCUUGGCCUUGGAAGGGACGGCCUAUUACCUAAAUUAUUUGCUAAAGUACAUCCAAAGCGGCACACUCCAAUAAAUUCUCAGGUCUGGGUAGGUCUCGUGGCUUCGGUCAUGGCUGGUCUACUUAAUGUGCACGUGCUUUCUCAUAUUCUCUCAGUUGGGACAUUGACAGGCUAUUCUGUUGUGGCUGCCUGUGUUUUAUCUCUCCGGUUUGAAGAAAAAUCUCCUGGUCAAUCAUCAACCAGAUGGUGCUCUAAAUGGGCAGAAGGUGUGCUGUUGCUGGUUCUGCUGGCUUGUUGUGGAUUUGGGGCUGGAUUAACGUAUCGUUUUGGUGCUUCAUUCUAUUUCUUGAUCAUACCUUUGGUCAUAGCUAUAGUUGCAUUAGUGGCUCUUUAUGUCCGUCAAGUCUAUUCACAUCCUCCAGGGUUUUCCUGUCCAGCAGUCCCUUUCUUGCCAGCUCUCUGCAUUUUUUUCAACAUGUUCUUGUUCGCUCAGCUGCAUUAUGAAGCAUGGGUGAGAUUUGUGGUCUUUAGUCUCAUUACAGUUGGCAUAUAUGCUUUCUACGGCCAGUUCCAUGCAAAACCAAGUUCAGAUGAAACCAUUGUCUAUCACAGGACAUCUCCUGAAAGUCCACAUUUGAAGUAAUUCCUUUGAAGGGGUAAACAAACUCAUCAACAUGACAGAGCAUACUGUAUUCUUUUGCCAUCAGAUGCUGAUGCAUGCUAACCGGGAUUCACCUGUUGAUUGUCAGAGAAUAUGCAUUCAGUAAAUUUUGGUGGAAUUGGGUGAUAUUGUUGAGCAAUUGUUUUACAUAUUUGUACAUGCCCUUGUAAAUUAAUGGUUUACCCGAAGGUAUUUAUUUUUUCCACAGCUUCAAGAUCCCAGACUAUAGAUCAUGUUGAAUUAUUUUAAAGGAGUCUUGUAAAUCAAUCAAAUCUUUGUCCAAAAUUACAUUCUAAUCAGAUAUUGCUCUCUUGCACGCUC